CACUCUGGCCGACCAUGGCGUCGUCGGGCAGCUUUGGCGGGCGGGCACCACCACAGUACACAACAGCGAGUCCACCAUCGAGUGGAUACUCUGGUGGAGGAGGAGUGCCAGCCAAUCCUGGUGGCGGGCGAGGCCGGGCAAGCCCACAGGCUGGGGGCGGGUGGGGCGCUCCGGCUCGACCGGCGGGCCCUCCUGCCGGGCACAACAACGUCCAGCUCCACUUUGACGCCCAGGCGCGGAGACACAUGAUGCGCUCCCGUGGCGGGCUUGCCGAGCAGUGCUUUGACGACUGCGUCACCCACUUCAAAUGGUCCUACCAGGGCUGGCAGACUGGUGAGUGGGCACUGGAUGAGGCUGAGCAGGUGUGCAUCUCCAACUGUGUGGACAAGUUCCUUGCCGCCUCGCAGCUCGCGUCUAAUCUCUUCGCCAAGCGCAUCGAAGCUCGUGAGGCUGCGCAGGCUGCCGCUGCAGGCACCCAUGCCUCGGGAGCCUUUGCAAGACGAUGA